AUGUGGGGCUCCGAAAAAACCGACACUAGAGGUAAAUUGAUCGAAGACAUAUUAGACAACGACGAAUUAAUCCUACUGAAUAACGGCAAGCCCACCCAUUUCAACCAGUAUAACGGCAAUACCUCGGCAAUAGACUUGUCUAUCGCUAGCUCUAGCAUAGCAACAUAUUUAGAAUGGGAUGUACUAGACGAAAUCCACUCAAGUGACCACUGGCCAAUAACCAUAUACAUCAAAUUUGACAAUAACCAAAAUCCAGGUGAAACAAACAAUAGAUGGAGACUCAAAGACGCUAACUGGCAAAUGUACUCAGAAAUAUUUAACAAUGAAAUAGAAAAUAUAGAAAAUUCAAUAACCGUAAAUUCCGAUAUCAACGACGAUGUUGCAACAUUCACUAAUGCAAUAAUUCACGCUGCUCACUCCGCAAUAGGAAAAACACAAUACAAAGGGAAAAGGUCACCAGUCCCUUGGUGGAACUCAGAAUGCGACAAUAUAGUAAAAGAAAAGAAGCAGGCAUUUAACAAAUUUAAAAAAAAUAAAAGCCCAGGCAACCUAAUAGCAUUCAAAAAAAUCCGAGCCAAAGCCCGCAAUAUACUUAAAACUAGUAAAAUAAAUUCAUGGCGAAAUUUUACAACAUCGAUUACAUCACAGUCAAGCCCCAAAGAGUUGUGGACCAAAAUUAAAAAAUUCAAAGGUUCCGCCUCUUAA